GUACAUUCUGUCUAUUGAAAAACCUGAGGAGAUCGAAGAGUACGUGGGAGACCUUCUGCAGGGCACCGAUGGGAGAAAAGGACACUUUAUAGAUGAGCUUCUCAGCAGAUGGAAGAAAACUCAAAGACAGGCCACCGAUACAGCAAAUCUUGUCCUUCUCAAGGAAACUGUGCCAUCACCAGACAUGAUCAAAGAUUCUCAGAAGAAGUCCAAACGCAAAGGGCGUAACAAACAGGAGGUGUUGCCUGUGAGCCAAACAGAACCUGAAGCUGAGGUGGUUAAAACUCCCAUCGAUAUGAAGAGGGCCCAGGAAAACAGCACUGGUUCUUCAGGAAAGAAGAAAACUAAGUUUGUCAAUCUCUACGCUAAAGAGGGCCAGGACAAUCUGGCUGUUUUACUCCCAGGUCGCCACAGCUGCGACUGUCUGGCCCAAAAACACAAACUUAUCAACAACUGCAUCAGCUGUGGCCGCAUUGUGUGUGAGCAAGAAGGAUCAGGACCCUGCCUCUUCUGUGGGAGCCUGGUUUGCACAAGAGAGGAGCAGGAGAUUCUACAACGAGACUCCAACAAAAGUCAGAAACUCAGAAAGAAGCUGAUGGGAGAUUGCGGAGACAGAGAGCUUCUUCCGCACCAACAAGCUAAGAUUAAAGCUGGCUUGGAUAAAGCAAUUCAGCACAAAGAUAAACUACUGGAGUUUGACAAGAACAGUGUCAGGAGAACGCAGGUUCUGGAUGAUGAGUCCGAUUACUUUGCCACUGAAUCUAAUCAGUGGCUGUCCCCCGGUGAGAGAGAAAAGUUGAGGAAAAAGGAAGAAGAGCUGAGGGAACUUCGCCACGCCUCCCGUAAGGACAGGAAGAUCACUCUGGAUUUUGCUGGUAGACAAGUGGUUGAAGAAGGAAACGACCUGACUCAAUAUUACAGCAAGUUGGAUGAGACACUCAGAGCCAUGAACAGUGGUUCAACAUCACAAUCAACAGGAUAUUCUGAAAUAAAAAGUGACAAACAGAACCUUGGAGACUUGGUCAACCCAAACAUCAAGCAGUCUGCACCAAAA